AUGGACGAAGAUGCGACGACGAGCAACUCGUCCGCUGCCGAGACAUUCGAUCCGGAACUGAUUCACGCCGUCUUCAAGCUGGUGUGGCGGCGGCGGGCAGGGAAGGGCGGCGGUGGCGGCAACAAGGAGGGCAUCGACGUGGAGAAACCUCCAGGAGAAAUCGGAGUACAACUGCCAAUGCAAAUGCUCUCAAAGUCAGCUGCGAGCUUCUGCGAAUAUUUGUUACAGAGGCUAUUCAACGCUCUGCUUUUAUCGCUGAAGCGGAGGAUGGUACUGUCAUUGAACCCACCCACCUAG